AUGGGUCUUUCAAAUGAUGAGCGUGGAUGGGUCAUGGCCAGUGUCAGUGGUGCUGCAUGCAUUAUUGGCGCCUCCAUCAUUUGCGUCGAUAUAAUCGUCAGGAAAUUCCCCAACAAACGAAACUUCAGGAUACAGGAUAGUGAUGUGUUCUUGUCCUCAUCACUCAGUCUGAGUUUUGGUGUCAUGCAUGAUGCCCUCGGCCAAAAGUUCUCUGCAANAAGCCGACUUGCUCAUCUGUUCAUGCCAUCUCAUGUGGUGGACUGCGAACACUCGCACGACGAAGAAGCCGCUGCCAAGGAGCCAUCCGAGGAAGACGGCCAAGUAAGGCACGAGCAGGCUCAUCCUCCUUCUCACGACCGCUCGCAUGGCGGAUCCAACUCCACCAUCAAGCAACAUGGUGAACACAUUCAUAUUCAACGACCGAAAAUUGCAGCACGCAAGUCCACUUCCGCUGCCGCUGAUCAGGACGGUACUGCGGCACUACCUCCUGGCAAGAGCCUCUCGAGACGACCCUCACUGCAAGCCCGUCUAAGUCAGACACUUUCCUCAAUUGCUUCCAGAUCCAAGUCGUCUUGCGAUUGCGACGGUCCCUGCUAUGGCUUCAGCGAGCCAUGCGGUGCGGAUUGUUUCAAGAACAUGCAGACAAGACAGGCAAGCACCCGCUCCAUCAUCCGCCAGCAGCUUCUGCGUGGCGAAUCGAACGCCUCCGAGCAGACCCCUCUACUGCAAGGAAUCAGGGCAGAGGCUCCGUCUCGUCCUGCACACCAGAAUCGCAUGGCAUCAGAUACGGCUCUCCAAACUAAGAGACCAAACGGCGUGCCUAGCUUGGGCGCUGACGCUGUGAUUGAGGAAGAGGAUGAUGAUACACAAUCGCUUCACCACACUAAGUCUCAUGCCUCGCUUUCCAGCAACCAGCAACAGAGUGGAGAGCAGCAGCACCACCAUCAUCAUGUUCCUACCAAUGUGUUCGCAUCCAUCGGCCUUCAAACAUCCAUUGCGAUUGCUUUGCACAAACUCCCCGAAGGGUUUAUCACCUUUGCCACGAAUCACGCAAACCCCAAGCUUGGCUUCUCCGUUUUCUUGGCCCUGUUCAUCCACAACAUCACUGACGGCUUCGUCCUUGCUCUGCCUCUUUACCUCGCCAUCAACAACCGUGCCAAAGCAAUGUUCUGGGCUUCUCUUCUCGGCGGUGCUUCUCAGCCUCUCGGUGCUGGUGUUGCUGCUCUUAUCUUCAAAGUUGCUGGCUCCAAGAACGUCGCCAUCAGCGAGAACUUCUACGGUGCCAUGUUUGCUGUGACUGCCGGUAUCAUGACUUCUGUGGCUCUGCAGCUCUUUGGCGAGAGUCUCGAGCUUACGCACAACAGAGGUCUUUGCAUGAUCUUUGCUUUUGUC